AUUUCCAGUUCCUGUUUCGGUAAUGAUUUUGUUUCACAGGUAGGCUACAAUCAAUGGUAGGACAAGUCCUCUCUGCCUCUUCUCAAUAUAUGGAAGAUAUGAAAGCGUGUUCAAAGUGAUAUCCCGUCGUGUAGGCUACAAUCAACGGUUGGACUAGUCCUCUCUGCCUCUUCUCAAUAUAUGGAAGAUAUGAAAGCGUGUUCAAAGUGAUAUCCCGUCGUGUCAUUGGGAAAGAUCAUACAAGGUCGUAAGUUAUAUUAAUCUUCACCUUUGUAAGUUUAAGAGUGUUCAACAUGGUGUUCACGUCUUUAAAAUGCCUGGACCAAAAUUAGCCCAGAGUUGACCUUAUCUCAACUUCGUGUACAGUAGAUUCAAUCAGUGAAAACGUCUGAAGGUAGGAGAACAUGUGCUUGUUUUCAACAAUUACAGUUGGCCAUUUUAAAUGUAAUGACAGAACAUAGCAUAUGCAGGUUUCCAAAUACAACUCUUAAUAGAUCAUCACAAAAGUCCUAUACACUUCAACAUGUAUGGAACUUUAAACAUAUAGAAAGCCUGUACAAGACAUGCACAUGUAAUGACAUUGCCUGUGUUUUCCUGGUGUGUUAUGAAUGUGUUAGUAGUGCUUUCUGUUUUAUAUGAAGUGUUUGAGUUCCUUGUAGAAAGUUAGAGUGCAUGUACAGUUUACAAUUCUUGUCACAAAUCGAAUAGAAUAUGCCUCUUGAAAAAUACAAAUUAUGUCUGAAAACAAAGGUGUUUGAAAUACAUUUAGAGCCAGGUAUUAUUAAAAGUGUUCACUAAUGUCUAUGUAUUUGACUUUGCGCAUAAAGAAACUCCACAGAUGUGUUUUGUAUGAUAGGGCUCCAUUCUCUCCCAUCGACUUGGUUCCCUUUUUCUUAUCACUUCCUUCUUUAGACUCAAUUUGAGGGAGGGAAACUAGACAUAAAUCAUUGCUGACAAUAGCAUAACAUGCUAUAGCUUUACAAAGCUAUAGCAUGUUACAAUGACAGGAGCAGAAGACCAUCCUCAACAUUUUAUUUUUCGGACUGGAGCAUAAUUUUUCAUGUACAUUGUAAUGUACGGGUCUCUUUUCAGAUGGCUUUGUAAAGAUCCCUGUGCUCCUGAGAUGGAGGAGGCGUACACAGAGCUGUACAGGGAGUUCCUCCAACUGCGCUUGCUGUGUCUGAAGCAGGCUUCUUUACUCAAGCAACUCACAGAGACACUGAGGACACAGCAAGGAGGAGCCCCUGUUCCUGACGGAGACCCCAGCGUAAUGGCAUCAAUCCCAGUCCAGUGCACCCAGGCAUCAAUGGUCCCAACACACAACCCUGCUGCACCCCAUGACAUUAUAGGCCCAUCUGGGGCCGUGGGGUCACUCGCUAAUCUCCUGGCAGGGGAUUUGGGCAGACUACGGCUGGACUUCGCUCAUCCAGGGACAGAAAGGAAGGAGGUCCUCAAAGCCACCCCCCUCGGGCCUCUGGACCUACCUGGGGGUAAUGUAGAGAUGGCACCCUCCAGUGUCUCUGGGGACUCGAAGCAAGCAGGUCGAUUUCGGGGUGAUGAUAAGACCCGACAAAUGUUCAGGAUGCCCUCGGCGUGUGGCUCCUUCCUGGACAGUGAGUUUCUGAGCCAGACCGGGGGGAUGAUGCUGAUGUCAGAGGUGGCGCUGCAGUCUCAGGUGUGUGACUUCUGCAAUGCUGUGUUCCCCGGCCACACCACCACCAGGGGGGACUUCAUGUGCCACCUCCACACACACAUCACCUAGAACAUUAGUUCCCAACCAGUGGUACUAGGACCCCUGGGGAUACUUGACCUAUCCACAGGGGGUACUUGAGAAGACCCAUGAGACCAUAGGCUUACU